AUGCGCUCUACCGGGUUGCUGCUGCUGGCUACCCUGGCGGAGCUGGGUUCUGCUACCUAUAUCCUCGAAGACGACUAUCAGCCCAACACCUGGUUUGACCAGUUCAGCUUUUUCUCUGCAAAAGAUCCAACUCAUGCAUACGUCAAUUACCUCGACCAAGCUGCGGCUCAGAGCCAGAACUUGAUCGGUAUCCAAAACAACGCCGUCUACCUAGGUGUUGACCAUAAGAAUGUUGCAACGGGGGAGGGUCGAAGCUCUGUUCGCCUCGAGACGAAGAAGGUGUACAACCAUGGCCUAAUUAUUGCUGAUAUCAACCAUAUGCCUGGAGGUGAGUGUGGAACAUGGCCUGCCUUCUGGACUACAUCUUCUGCUUGGCCGAACGAAGGUGAACUAGAUAUCAUCGAGGGUGUAAAUCAACAAAAGCAAAACGACUACGCUCUACACACUGCUCAGGGAUGCAGCAUCCCCAAGCAGGGAGAAUUCACCGGAACCGUCGUCACCCCCAACUGCGACGUCAAAGCUGCUGGUCAGGCUGAAAAUCAAGGUUGCCUGGUUGAGGAUUCGAAAGGGUCUCGCGGAUACGGACCGGACUUCAACAACGCUACGGGUGGUGUGUUCGCUACUGAAUGGACUAGCAAAGCCAUUUCCAUCUGGUUCUUUCCUCGUGAGGAGAUCCCAAAAGACGUCAACAGCGAGCACCCUGAUCCAUCUAAAUGGGGAAAGCCAUCUGCUUACUUCGGCGGAGAAUGUGAUGUCGGGAAUCAUGUUCGCAACCAACGCAUUAUCUUUAACACUGCCUUUUGCGGAGGAUGGGCUGAUGGAAUGUGGCCCACCGACCCGGUCUGCUCAAAGAAGGCUCCUACCUGCAUGGAGUAUGUACGGGAAAACCCAUCUGCUUUCGAGGAGGCAUACUGGUCAAUCAAUUACAUGAAGGUCUAUCAAGAAGGGACUGCGCCACCUAAGUCUACCCAAGUCCCUGAACCACCAUCCUCUACAUCGGUGAUGUCCUCCACCAUACCAACUUCCACCCCUGCCACCGCUCAGCCCAACCCUCCCGCUUCUACCGUCAGCAGUUCUACAGCAGGGCCAGCUCAGCCUACAAACCCAUCUGGUGGCGACGGUACACAUCCUACCAGCGGAGGUAACAACUGCCCCCCACCAACCCAAACUACAUGCCGAACCUACGUUACCACAUCGACAUACACCAUCACAAAGACCAUCAUGCCAACCGACGCUCAUACCACCGGCAACAUUGUCCCGAUACCAUCUGGAGCUCUGAAUGAUGCUAAGAGUGCGGUUCAGCGUCGACGACGGGACAUGGAGCACCAUGCCAGGCGUGGCCACCACAACUAA